AUGUCAGAUUUGGACUUCCCGGAUGUAAGUUUUUUUAAUUGUCUGGUUUAUUUUGAAAUCUUGUAAAGUUGGUUACGUUGUGUAUUGUAUUAAUGUAGUGUGAGAAAAACUGAAAAGAUAAAUUAAAUACAACUUUGAAAGUAAAAAUGCGUUAUUUAAGGAAGAGGAAGCGUCCAACGAUGAUAUUGUAAAUAGUUUGUUUGGCGGUAGUCGGCCUAAAACAUCUUCUGUAAGUUUGUAUAAGAGUCCAUUUAUAUUUAUGUGUCAGUUUUUAAAAUUUUAAUAAAAUUUACUGGAUUUUUGUACAUUAAAAAACUUUCUUUGUUUAUAUUGUAGCGCCGACGUCCAGCUAGUGCUACAAACUUACCAACGAAAAAAUCGACAGUUAGUUUUCAAGAGCCUCCAAAGCCGACUACAUCUGAAACGUCACGGCGACCAGCGCCAUCCUUUGACUCGUCUGUAGGGACGUCUGGGUUGUCGUUGCCAGUACCGCCCAGAGCACCUUUACAAAAUCCUACUGUUAGUUCUUCACGAGCAUUAGAUGACUUGUUUAGCACGCCAGCGAGGACAGAAGAACGGCCAGAAAGGCAAGAUAGGCCGCGGGGUUCACGGAGAAGUCAACCUGUCGAAGAGGAGAAAAGUCAACCUAAAGAUUACCAUAGGGAAGAAAUCGAAAAUUUGAAAAAAGAAUUGUCGACUAUAAAGUACGAAAGGAAUGAAGAUCAGCAAGUUAUAAAUGAUUUGAGACGAGAAAAUGCAAAUUUGCGGGAUGACCAUGAGAAAGAAUUAAAACAAUUGAGAAAAGAUUUUAGGUAUGGUUUAAUUUUUGUAGAGUGGUAAUAACGACCUGUUUAUAGGGUAGAACUCGAAGAAUUGCAACAAAAGUAUGAAGCACAAUUAAAAGACGUUAGACAAAACGUGGAGGAUGACAUUGAUGUUGUUCGUAACGUCAAGAAGCAGGAAGAGUACGUUUUUAAAUGUUUUUUUGCGUAAUUUAAAAAAAUUUUAAUUCUUAAUUAUAUGCCAGUUGCACUUAGCGUCUUUCAUAACAUAGUUAUUAAUUUCAGUCAGUUGGUAACAGUCCAAUCGCGGCUAGAAAACGUGGACUACACGUUAAAUUCUUUGAAAGAUGCUAUAAACUCGCUUGGAAAUUACAAUGAACCAGUAAAUCGAAUAGUCGAUCUGGCUGAAAAACAAAUACGUGAUGGUAUGGAGUUGUUACACCAAGAUCAACAAAAUUUUCAAGCUAAAAAAGAACAGCUUGUUCAGACGCUAGAAAAUGAACUUGCAAAAAUGAUUACAAGUUAUGUCAAAGAAGUUGCUGAGGUACGCUUAACAAAAGUUUAAAAUUUAAGCUUUACGGUGUCGUUAUGCGUGCCAUAUUACAUUCAAAUUUUAUAGUAUUGUAGAUUGUAUUAAAACUUUGCUUCAGGGACGGCAAUGGGUACUAAGUGAACGAAUCAAACUUGAAGCAGAACGUAAAGCCUUUCAAGAAGAACAAAAUGAAAUUCUAAGCCAAAUUGAAGAACGGAAAACGGAAUUAGAUAAGUUACGAGUAAGGAAAACGCUCUGCUAUUCGCUUGUUGUUAUUAAACAUUAUUUAACUUCUACCCUUUAUACCACCCUUCCUUCCAACUCUUUGUAUAUAUAAUGUUUAAAAAGGACAUUUUUUACUAACCAUCACAUUGCAGACAGACUUUGUAACCAAAGAACACGACCUUUUGGUCCGAGUUGUAAACGAACGUCAUAAACUGGAUGAAGAACGACGAACGUUCGAACGACAGCGGAACGCUGAUAUAAAUCGUAUGCGCGAAGAAGCUGAACAUUUGGAAAAGUGUUUUAUGGAGGUGCAACGUUCACAUCAAGCCCUUCAAGUUACUCAAUUCGAAGUUGAGUUGGAAAAGAAAAAAGUUGCUGAGUUUUAUGAAGAACAGUUAAAGAAAGAACUUGAAGAUUACAGGGGUUAUGGUCGGUAA